CUCCCCCCAACCCCCACACACCCCUCCCCUCCCAAGGACUCAUCGUCACGACGUGUCCUCCUUCCGCCUGCUUCUCUCCUCUGUUGUUGUCUUUUCUCUCUCUGUGUACCUCACGACGUGCCUGCUGCUGCCACCAUGUCUACGUAUGACUGGGCGGCAAACCGUGUGCGAUGGGCCAAGCUGUUCGUAUCGCCGCUGAAGAAGUUGGUGCGGAAGCUGAGCCCUUCCAGCAGCUUCGCCGUCUCUGACGGAGCGCUGGCCAUGCUUGAUGAGCGCAUCUACAACAUCCUGGCCCACUUGUGCAGCGUGCGCGGGAGCUUUCCAACGACGCGGGCCGCUGCCGAGGACGCGAUCGAGCGCCUCUUUCCGGAGAGCGUCUCCGAAUGGAUCUUGGAGGGCUGUCGCGCCGCCGUCGCUGCGCAGUCUGCAUCCCGGCGCAAGUCCGAGAUCAAGCGCCUGUUCCCCGUCGAUAAGGUGCACAGUUUGCUGAAGAAGGAGGUUGCGCGGGACCCAAAUCUGCCCAGCGAGGUCGCUCUCAUUCUCGUCACCGCCGUGGAGGAGCUCGCCUUUGAAAUCCUCAAGUUUGCCGUGAGUUAUGCACAGCAGCUGCAGGAAACUGUCAUCACAGAGGAAACCCUGCAGGUCACCAUGGAAGCAAGGCUGGACCUGUCUGCAAUCACGAGUCGGUGCACGGCGCCGCCAACGGUGCAGGCGUACAUCAAGCUCAGCUACUCCGAGGCCGUCCGCGAAUGCCUCAUCGCUGAGAACAACUUCGUCAGCAAACUCGACGCCAUCAGCAAGGUGUUUGUGGACACGCUUGAGUCGCAGUUUGAGGUGCCGGAGUCCACCAUCGCCGCCAUCUUCAGCAACACGAGCGACUUGCAUGAAAUUGCACAGAACCUUGCCACGGACCUUGAGGACGUGAUUGACAAGGGAAACAUCCACAAGUCCCUUCCCGUCGUCGGCGAAACGUUCUACAACUUCACAGAGACGAAAGAAUACGAGAAUUUUGUUUUCUUUGCCACCAAUCUCCCCACGGCGCUGCAGGCCCUUCGCGACCUCACAUAUGACGAAGCCAUGUUCAAAAAGAUGUGGGAUUUCAACCCUGAUUUCGCGCUUGCCGCAAAGUACGACCUGCCGUGCAUGCUGGUUGGGCCGCUGUAUCACCUGAAGCACUACGCCGAGGCCCUGGCCAGCAUCCUCGAGAAGGCCACACGCUCCCACGACCAUUUUGUUCGUCGCAGCGUCCCCCUCCUGCAAGACGCGCUGUGCAUUCUCAAGCCAGCCGGUGCCACCAUCACUCCAGAGAAAUACCCAAUGGUCGAAAAGCGAGAGACAUACCUGGCGUUUCCAUCCAUGGAGGCGCGUGUGUCCCAUGCACACUUUGCGCGGCUGCACAACACCAUUGACGGCGUGCAGGGCAUUGAGCUGUACAAAUCGCGCUACAACCUUCUCCACCAGGGCAACGUCGUUCUCGAUGACAAGUCCCACUACGUGUUUGCACUGGAACACGUGCUCAUCCUGUGCAAGGAGAAUUCGACCAAGAAGAGCUACCGCUUCAAGCUGCGCAGCGCCAUUCCAACAAAAGACCUUCGCAUCACCAUGGACCAGUGCUGUAGCAAGAGCUACGUCAUUGUGUUUGCAACGCCGGACAAGACAAUGCGUUUGAAGGCCGGUUCGAGCGAUGCGUAUGAGGCGUGGCUCUCCACCCUCGCUCGCAUCAUCAGCAGAGGAUACGUGGCCAAGACGGUGCGACAGAAGCUUGAAGAUUUCGAACGCAAUCUGCCAGACCUCACGCGCUUGCGGGUGCUGAACGUGUUGAAGCAGUGGGUUGACAAGCACUUUUACGAUUUCGAGAGCGACAAGACACUGCUGCGCGAACUCUUGCAGUUCAUUCAACGUGAGGUGCGCAGUGAUGCGCAGCGUGAGCGCCAAUGCCAGGCCGUCAUCCGUGUCAUCAAGAACAAGAAGUCAAAGAAGGCCAGCGGCCAAGAUGCGUCUGAGCACACAAAGCCGCCACCAGACCACCUCUGGCUGCCGGUUGAGUCAAACUUUUUGCACGUGAUGACACUGCACCCGAUCGAGGUUGCGCGGCAGCUCACCAUCAUCGACAGCGGCCUCUACCGGGCAAUCAAGCCAUCUGAGCUUGUUGGGCAGCAGUGGAACAAGGCGGACAAAGAGUCCAAGUCUCCCAAUGUGCUUGCGUUUAUUCGGCAUUUCAACCACGUGUCACGUUGGGCAAUCCGCACCAUUCUGGAGAUGUCUGAUUUGGAGGAGCGCCAACUUGUCCUCCAGUCCUUCCUCGAGGUGUUGUUUGAACUUCGCCACCUCAACAACUUCAACUCGCUGAUGGCGCUCAAGGAGGCCCUGCGCAACUCGGCAAUUUCGCGCCUCAAACACACCUGGGCGGCGGUUCCGGAGCGGAAGAUGGAGAAGUUUGCUGCAAUUGAGGAGGAAGUCGGUGGCUCAAAUCACGCCAACCUGCGGGCGACGAUUGCGCAGGCGUCACCGCCAUGCAUCCCGUUCCUCGGGCUGUAUCUGACUGACAUCACAUUCAUGGAGGAUGGCUCCCCAGACUAUCUCUCUCUCGACCCAUCCGCACCCGGCAAGGACGUGCAAGGCUCAGACAUUAUCAACUUUUCCAAACGGCGCCUGGUUGGAGAGACGUGCAUGACCAUUCAACAGUUCCAGAACCGCACAUACAACCUGGCAACCGAAGACAUCAUCAAGGAGUUUUUGCUGCGCCUGCCGCCUGUUCAUGAGCGGGCUCAACCGCUGCCUGAUGGCUCAAAGGCCUCCAUCCAGCAAUUCGAGGACAUCAUGUACGAGCAAUCGCUGAAGCUUGAACCACGCGGCGCCGCCACGGCGACGGCGGGCGAGAAGCUGUUCCAGGACACGAAAGACUUCAAGGUGUGCCGAGACUCCAUUCUCAGCCCGCACAACCCGCGCCUCUCGGUUGGCCAUGCGCCUGGAGAAGAAAGAAAGAGCCGAACAUGGAGCUUGCGAGCCCUUGCGUUGGGAAGUACAAGCUCCAGCAGCCAAUCCCCACGCCGCCUCGCUCUCUCGGAAACCUCUGCUGAGAUUGAAGAUGCUGCGCAACAAGCACAGCAGCUCACCAUCACCCCAUCCGCCACAUCCACCACAGCCCAGCAACAACAGCACCACACAACUGAGGCAUGAGAUUUUUUGCGUGUAUCAUAGCGAAAUUUGCUGUUUCCUUUUCACCCCUACAUUACAACAUUUCUUUCGCCAAA